AGAGUUAGCAUACUAAGCUUAGAUCCAAACAAGGUAGCAUACUGCCAAAAAUUGCUCCACCCCACCACCACCCUAUACUCGCUUGUGACCCCUGAUCCAACAACAUCCCAUAGAAUCCCAAUGUUCUCUUCUUUUUUUGGUUGGAGAAAACUAGAGUAGACCACAUCUACAUUCACUUCACACCCUUCUUCCUUUUCCUUCAGCAAUCAGCACAGACUCUACAACCCACACACUAUGACAUUGACACUGCCUCCAAAAUCACCAUUCUUCAAGACCAUUCUGUUAUUAUCCACUCUCCUCAGCUGCUAUGUGGUGGCUCUCCCUGAUGCUUCAGCUUCAUCAGCAGCUAGGCCAAUCAGCACAAACCCAACAUCACAAGGAACCAUUCCUGCAUUCCCAGAACAAGCUGAUUCUGCAGGGUGCCCUCUGAGCCUCUCAGAAGAUCACUAUGAAGGGAUAAAGAGUGCAUGUGGAAACAACAAACAUGGUGGUGGUGAUGAGAAACUCCACCAUAGCAGAUGCUGUCCUGUUCUGGCUGCUUGGCUCUACUCUGCUUACUCUGCCACUGCCCUUGGUGGUUUGGUACAUGGUUCACCAUCCUAUGACAUGCCCUUGCUGCCAGAUGAUUCAGAAACCUGUGAGAGUGACUUGGGAAAGGCUUUGAAAGUGAGAGGAAUUGAGCUUGUGCAGCCAAAUGAGACUUGUGAUGUGGUGUAUUGCUACUGUGGCAUUAGGCUUCACCCUUUGAGCUGCCCAGAAUCAUUUUCAGUUACUCCAAGUGGGAAUCUUGUAGGGGAUGAAAAUGUGAAAAGAUUGGAGAGAAAUUGCUUGAGUAGCAGCUCCAAUGUCAAUGAUCUUCCAGGUCUUGGAGGAUGCUCUAAGUGCUUACAUAGCCUCUAUUUGCUUAAAAAGAAGAAGACUUCAAACUCAAGCAAGUUAGAAGACAGGACCACCAAGAUCCAUAACAAAGAUUGUGAGCUGAUGGGCUUGACAUGGCUCCUGAACAAGAAUCGAACAGCUUACAUGCACACAGUUACUGUGGUUCUUCGUGCUUUGAUGUUGAGCACUGAUGGCUCGGACCCACAAUCAUGUACUCUAAACAGUGAUGGAAUGCCUCUUGCUGUUGAUUCCUCAGAAAUGUAUGAUCAGUCUUCAUCAGCCAAACUGCAAGGACCAAUCUAUCUUUCUUUGCUGUUUCUAUAUUUGCUACUAGGUAUGCAUUUCACUCUGUUAUCCAUCUAACUCAUGACAACACAAGGAUUGAUCCCCUCAUCCGGGGCCGGCCCAACCGUAACUGAGGCCUAAAGCGAACUUUAAAGUGAGGCCUAAGUGAUGCAUUUUUGUUUAAAAAAUUUCUUUAUUAAUUUUUAUUUAAAUUUUAUUUUUCGAGCUUUUUGAGAUGUAAAAUCAUUUAUUAAAUUAUCCUAAUCAAUUUGUAUUGCA